AUGGAGUCGUCGCGUGGACCCCCGAGGGUUAAGAACAAGGCCGCGGCCCCAAUCCAGAUCAGUGCCGAACAACUUUUGCGCGAGGCCGUCGACCGCCAGGAACCCGGUCUCCAAGCUCCUACCCAGCGCUUUGCCGAUUUGGAAGAACUGCACGAACACCAAGGCCGCAAGCGCAAGGAGUUCGAAGACUAUGUCCGUCGCAACCGCCUUAACAUGGGCAACUGGAUGCGCUAUGCCGCCUGGGAACUCGAACAAAAGGAAUACCGCCGCGCAAGAUCCGUCUUCGAACGCGCUCUCGAUGUCGAACCCACCAAUGUGCCCUUGUGGUUGCGCUACAUCGAAGCCGAGAUGAAGACGAGGAACAUCAACCAUGCAAGAAACUUGCUUGACAGAGCUGUCACAAUCCUGCCUAGGAUCGACAAGAUAUGGUACAAGUACGUCUACAUGGAGGAGACCCUCGGCAAUAUUCCCGGUACUCGCCAGGUGUUUGAGCGAUGGAUGAGCUGGGAGCCUAGCGAGGACGCUUGGGGUGCCUACAUCAAGAUGGAAAAGAGAUACGGAGAGUUCGACCGCGCUCGCUCAAUAUUCGAGAGAUUUACUAUCGUCCACCCCGAGCCGAAAAAUUGGAUCAAAUGGGCCCGUUUCGAGGAAGAGAGUGGCACAAGCGAUCACGUUAGAGAGGUCUUCGGUAUGGCUAUUGAAACAAUGGGCGAAGACUUUAUGGACGAGAAGUUGUUCAUUGCUUACGCACGAUACGAGGCCAAGCUCAAGGAGUACGAGCGCGCAAGAGCUAUCUACAAAUACGCCCUGGACCGCAUGCCUCGAUCACAAUCCGCCAACCUUCACAAGCAUUACACCACCUUCGAGAAGCAAUACGGUGAUCAGGAGGGUGUUGAGGACGUCGUCUUGUCCAAGCGACGAGUUCAGUAUGAAGAGCAGGUCAAGGAGAACUCAAAGAACUACGAUGCUUGGAUCGACUACGCGAGGCUGGAGGAGUCAUUGGGUGACUCCGAGCGCACGAGAGAUGUAUACGAGCGUGCCAUCGCUCAGGUACCACCGACACAAGAGAAACGACACUGGCGACGAUACAUCUACAUCUGGAUCUUCUACGCGCUCUGGGAAGAGAUGGAGAACAAGGACGUUGAACGCGCCAGGCAGGUCUAUGCCGAGUGUCAGAAGCUCAUUCCUCACAAAAAGUUUACCUUUGCAAAGUUCUGGUUGCUGAAAGCACAAUUCGAGAUCAGACAGAUGCAAUUACAAGCUGCGCGCAAGUCUCUAGGCAUCGCCAUCGGCAUGUGUCCGAAAGACAAACUGUUCCGCGGCUAUAUCGACCUCGAGCUCAAACUCUUCGAAUUCAUGCGCUGUCGCACACUAUACGAGAAACACAUUGAGUGGAACCCGGCAAACUGCCAAGCAUGGAUCAAGUUCGCAGAAUUGGAGCGAGGACUGGAGGACCUCGAACGCACACGUGCCAUCUUUGAGUUGGCGGUCGACCAACCAUCGCUUGAUAUGCCGGAGUUGCUUUGGAAAGCUUACAUCGACUUUGAAGAAGAGGAAGGAGAGUGGGAUAGGACGAGGGAUCUGUAUGAACGUCUUUUGGAAAAGACAGGUCACGUCAAGGUCUGGAUCAGUUACGCACAUUUCGAGAUCAACGUGCCGGAUCCAGACGAGGAGGAAGCCGACGAAGACGACGAAGAGGAGAAGCCGAUCUCGGAAAAUGCAAAGUCGCGCGCACGCAAGGUCUUCCAACGGGCAUACGAGGACAUGAAGCAAAAAGACCUCAAGGAAGAACGCGUCGCCCUACUCAAUGCAUGGAAAUCCUUCGAGACCACACAUGGCUCUGCUUCAGAUCUCGAAAAAGUGGAAAAGCAAAUGCCACGCCGUGUCAAGAAGAGAAGAAAGUUGGCCGAGAACGAGUUCGAGGAAUACAUGGACUAUGUGUUCCCAGCAGACGACGAGAGCGCAGCCAAAAUGUCGAAGUUGUUGCAAAUGGCACAGGCUUGGAAGAAGGAGCAAGCGAGUGGUUGA